UUUUUCCGAAAGAGGCGCCACAAUCAUCCAUGAGCAACUCUUGUGUAUACGAAAUACAUACAUGCCAUGUGCUUUAAAUGAAAUAGGUUAGACAGUAUAAAAAAUAUUUUUAAUAUACCAUGUCAUUUUUCAUUCGAAAUAAGCAAACCAUCGGAGGUAAUAAGAGGAAGUUUAAUGGUCGUGUUGCAAAGGCGAAAGGAAAGAAAAAUAUAAAGAAAUUUGUACCUAAUGAUAAUGAAAGCAUUGCUAGUACAGAUGAAGAACUUGCGGAGGAGAACCAGGGGCGUAGACCUGAGCCCUAUGAAAGUGAGGAGGAAGAACAAGAAACUGCACAGGAGAAGCGUAUAAGAAUUGCAAAAAAGUAUUUAGAACAAAUUGAAGAAGAAGAACGAGAUAGAGCAGAAUUUGAACAGGGAGCAGUAACAAAAAGGUUACACGAAGAAUACUUAGAAGAGAGAGGUCGGUUAAGGAAAACUGUAGCAUCAAAUUAUGUUAGUCACAACGAGCCAAUUACUUUGAAGUGCAAGGACCACAAAAAUUCUAUUACCUGUAUAUGCCUUUCCAGCAAUGGGAAGUUCUUAUACUCUGGUUCGAAGGAUGGCAGUUUAGUCAAAUGGUCGUUGAAAGAAAGGACUAAAUUAAAAUCCAUCAGAGGGAGGAGAAAGAAUCAAAAAGAAGGAAUGAAACAUAUACAGUGCAUGACUAUUAGUACAGAUAGCAAAUUUUUGGUAGUUGGAGAUAGUGGUUGCAAGGAUAUUAAGGUGCUUUGUGCAGACACCAUGAACCAUAUAAAGAAUUUACAGGGUCACAGAGGUAGCGUGACUGGACUGGUCUUUCGCAAAGAUACGCAUAUGUUAUAUUCUGCUUCCGAGGACAGAAGCGUGAAAAUAUGGAAUUUGGAUGACAUGGCAUACGUCGAAUCAUUAUUCGGACAUCAAAGCGCUAUCAUGUCGAUCGACGCGCUGGCACGGGAACGGGCCAUCACGGGUGGCGGUUUUGAUCAGACAAUUCGAAUUUGGAAACUCGUCGAAGAUUCGCAGCUUAUAUUUCAUGGACCCGGUGGUAGCAUAGACAGCGUGAAACUUCUAAACGAAGAAAUUUUCCUUAGUUGCGGAGACGAUGGACAGUUGUGUGUCUGGGGUUGUCAGAAGAAGAAACCCUUGUGUUCCGUGUCGAACGCGCAUGGAACGGAUGAACUGAAUAAUCAGCCAAUGUGGAUUUCGAGUAUAGCUACAUUACUUAAUACAGAUUUGGUCGCAUCAGGCUCGCGAAAUGGCUGUAUAAAACUAUGGCAAUGCGGUGACUCUUUCAAGUCGUUGGAGCCGCUGUUCGAAAUUCAGUUAACAGGCUUCAUAAAUGCGCUAUACUUCACCCCGGAUGGAACUGAACUGAUCGCUGGCGUUGGUCAAGAACACAGGCUUGGAAGAUGGUGGCGCAUACCGGAAGCGAAAAAUAGCAUUGUUAUAAUACCGCUGGUUCAGACAAAAAAUAAAUAAAUCAAAAACAAAAAUCCAAUUGUAUAGAAAUAUAUCUUAACGUUGAAGCAGUUUUACGUCUAUAAAACAGAUCAUUAUUUACUUUUUUACUUGUUGUAGUUUAUUUCUUCCAUGAUCGUCGUCGUCGUCGUUGUCUUCGAAAUCGUCGAGCUCGUUAUCUAUUUACGGGGGGUGCUAAUGAAAUAAAACAAAUAUUGGUCCACAGUA